AUGUUUGAUAAUAUUAAGUCAGCUGAUGAGCUUUAUGCUACUGAAAAUGAAAAAGAAUAUUAUGAUAGAAAACUCUUAGAAUAUUAAGAUAUGUACUCUAUUAAAUAAGCAAUCACAUCCUAUAGCAAAAUCAAAUUAUUUAAUAUCGAUCAAUAACAAAAACUUAAAUAUGAAUGUUAUUCUAAAUGUUAUGAUAAUAAUCAAGUGAUUUUCGAAAAUUCAGAAGAGGGAAUCAAAAAACUUAGUAAAUGCUUAACUGAGUGUAAAAAACAAACAAAAGAUCUUAAAUAAUUUCUAAAAAAUGUUGAUAAACUAGUUUAUUUCAAGAAUUAAACAUGCCAUUCUAAUUGCGAUUAGAUGAUUAAUUAUAAUGUAGAUUAAACAUACUAGGAAAAAAUUAGUAAUAAAGUAAAUAUAUAUAGAUGUAGAUGGGUUUGUGAAAAUAAGCUAGAUCGUAGAUAUAGAGAAUUUUGGUUAUAAUAAAGAAACGAUAUCAUUGAUAGAUAUUCCAGCUAAAUGGCAAAUUGA